GCGAAACAACAUUGGGAUAUGAAUACACUGGAAAAACAGCACCAGAUGUAAAUGAACAUACAAAUGCUCCCGAAGUUACGGAAAACAAUUUUGCCCCUUUCAUUUUAACCUCAGAAAAUCAUCUCACUAUUGCUAAUUCUUCCCAAGAAAACUCCACUUUAGUUGUUUCAUCCUCAGGAGAUUCCGCUCUUCAUGUUUCAUCACAAGAAAACUCAGCAUUUAUGCCAGUUACUCGUUCCGCAGAAAUGACAGAACAGGAUGAUGAAAUACAGCAAAUGUCACAACAGAAUUUACUACCGAUAGGUUCUGUUCUGAAGCAAAUAUUCGCAGCUCAGUUAUUGGAUCGAUUUCAACGCAUAGAAUAUUUGAUUAUGAACGUUUAUAUCAUUAACUGUGGACGAUGUCUGCCACAGAAAGUGUACUUAUCGUUCAUCUUUGGAGUAUAUGGUGCUGAUUAUCGCUUAUUAGAAUGGUCGGACGUGCAACUAAGAGAUGUUAUGAUCGUACUUCUACAACCACCAGAGAUACUGCUUCAAGGCAAAUUACCAACUGAUAUUUCAAUAAAUGAAAUAAAACAACGACCAUUGCAUAUUCAUUUGCGUGCGAUCGCGGUUAUCGAAGAGGAAAAACUGAAGAGCAAUAAUCGAUACUAA